UUAACAACAUUUUUUUCUCAUUAACUUUGUACAAAAUUUCUUUUAUCAUGGGUACUACAAAAAAUCUGGUGAUCUUUUUUCACAUUGUCAUAUUAACAGUUUUGUUCAACGAAAUCAUUUUGGUCUCAGGUGAAGAGGUCGAAGAAUUCCCAUAUGAUCAUUGCUUCCAGUUGUGUGUGGAAGGAGUGUACGGACCGCAAAAAUGUUUUGAAGACUGUUAUGACAGAGGAUUUGCUAGAGGAGAUUGUGCAAACCCAACUGCCAAAGAUCCUAGAAGGUGUUGUUGCAAUAACUAAAAAAAAAACUCGUUAGUCCCUAAUGCGAAGGCUAAGCUAUUCAAACAUUGUACUUAUACUUUUCUAGCAUUUGACUUAUGAGGCAAAUUCUUAUCGUGUAAUAAAAUAAAAUAAAAAUUAUAUUAAUAUCUGUUUUAAUCAAA